GCGGACCUUGGGCUCCAUCAGCGCCUCCCCCGCGGAGAGCUUGUCCAUCGCCGAGAGCUUGGUGCAGGAGAUGUUUGCGUCGCCCUCGGAGAGCUUCGGUCUGCAGCUCGAGGAGAAGCUGGUGAAGUAUGCCAAGGGCAGGAGAAGCUGCGCGAGUCUGACUCCCCGCUGUUCGCGCUAAACGGCCUCCUGGCGGAAAAGAAGCGGCGAGGCGACAGCGUGGUGCUAUCCACUUGCACCAACUCCCCUGACGUGGAAGAGUUGGCCACCGCGAUGGGCUCGCCCUCCUGGUGGGCGUAG